UGUGGUGUGGCGCCCAGGUCUCCUUCACGCGGCGGCGGCGGCGGCGGCGGCGGCGGCGGCAGUGGCAGUGGCGACAUGGCGGAGGCGGCGGCCGGAGUGGGCCGCUUUAAGUCCAAUUAUGCUGUCGAGCGCAAGAUCGAGCCUUUCUACAAGGGCGGGAAGGUGCAGCUGGAUCAGACUGGGCAGCACCUCUUCUGUGUCUGUGGCACCAGAGUCAACAUCCUGGAUGUGGCCUCAGGGACUAUGCUGCAGAGCCUGGAGCAGGAGGACCAGGAGGACAUCACUGCCUUUGAUCUCAGCCCCGAUGACAAGGUGCUGGUGACAGCCAGCCGGGCACUGCUGCUGGCUCAGUGGGCCUGGCAAGAGGGCAGCAUCACCCGCCUGUGGAAGGCAAUACACACAGCCCCUGUGGCCACCAUGGCCUUUGACCCCACCUCCACGCUGUUAGCCACAGGCGGCUGUGAUGGGGCCGUGCGUGUCUGGGAUGUCGUGCGGCACUAUGGGACACACCACUUUCGGGGCUCACCGGGCGUCAUACAUUUGGUGGCCUUCCACCCGGACCCCGCACGCCUGCUCCUCUUCUCCUCAGCCGCAGACACCAGCAUCCGCGUGUGGUCGCUGCAGGAGCAGUCGUGCCUGGCCAUACUGACUGCCCACUACAGCGCUGUCACUUCUCUGACUUUCAGUGCCGAUGGUCACACCAUGCUCAGCUCAGGCCGUGACAAGAUCUGCAUUGUUUGGGACCUGCAGAGCCUCCAGGCCACGAGGACCGUGCCGGUGUUUGAGAGUGUGGAGGCUGCGGUUCUGUUGCCAGAGGAGCCGGCACCAGAGCUGGGUGUGAAGUCUGCAGGCCUGCACUUCCUGACAGCUGGCGACCAAGGCACACUGCGCGUGUGGGAGGUGGCCUCUGGGCAGUGUGUCCAUGCACAACGGCAGCUGCCAGGCCCCGGGCAGGAGCUGACCCACUGCACCCUGGCCCGAGCCGCUGGCCUGCUCCUCAGCGUCACUGCCGACCACAACCUGCUGCUCUAUGAGGCCCGCUCCCUGCAGCUGCAGAAACAGUUUGCCGGCUACAGUGAGGAGGUGUUGGACGUCCGGUUCCUCGGGCCCGAGGAUUCCCACAUUGUGGUGGCCUCUAACAGCCCCUGCCUGAAAGUAUUUGAGCUGCAGACAUCCGCCUGCCAGAUUCUCCACGGCCACACAGACAUUGUGCUGGCCCUAGAUGUGUUCCGGAAGGGGUGGCUCUUCGUUAGUUGUGCCAAGGAUCAGAGCAUCUGCGUCUGGAGGAUGAACAAGGCGGGCAAGGUGGCCUGUGUGGCUCAGGGCUCUGGACACACACACAGCGUGGGCACCAUUUGUUGCUCAAGGCUGAAGGAGACCUUCCUGGUGACGGGCAGCCAGGACUGCACUGUGAAGCUGUGGCCCCUCCCUGAAGCCCUGCCAUCCAAGAGCACAGGCCCCGAUGGUGGCCCUGUCCUCCUACAGGCCCAGGCCACACAGCACUGCCACGACAAGGACAUCAACAGUGUGGCCAUAGCCCCCAACGACAAGCUGCUGGCCACGGGGUCACAGGACCGCACGGCCAAACUCUGGGCCCUGCCACAGUGCCAGUUGCUGGGCGUCUUCUCGGGCCACCGGCGUGGCCUCUGGUGUGUCCAGUUUUCACCCAUGGACCAGGUGUUGGCUACGGCCUCGGCCGAUGGCACCGUCAAGCUCUGGGCACUGCAGGACUUCAGCUGCCUCAAGACAUUCGAGGGACAUGAUGCUUCUGUGCUGAAGGUGGCCUUUGUGAGUCGCGGCACACAGCUGCUGUCCAGCGGCUCUGAUGGGCUCGUGAAGCUCUGGACCAUCAAGAACAAUGAGUGUGUGAGGACGCUGGACGCCCACGAGGACAAGGUCUGGGGGCUGCACUGCAGCCGGCUGGAUGACCAUGCCCUCACUGGCGCCAGCGACUCUUGCGUCAUCCUCUGGAAGGAUGUGACCGAGGCGGAGCAGGCAGAGGAGCAGGCCAAGAGAGAGGAGCAGGUGGUCAAGCAGCAAGAACUGGACAACCUGCUACACGAGAAGCGGUACCUGCGGGCGCUGGGCCUGGCCAUCUCUCUAGACCGGCCCCACACUGUGCUGACUGUCAUCCAGGCUAUCCAAAGGGACCCCGAGUCCUGCGAGAAGCUGGAAGCCACGGUGCUCCAACUGCGGCGAGACCAGAAAGAGGCCUUGCUGCGCUUCUGUGUCACGUGGAACACCAACUCACGGCACUGCCACGAAGCCCAGGCCGUGCUGGGUGUGCUCCUGCGGCACGAGGCCCCGGAAGAGCUGCUGGCCUACGACGGUGUGCGGGCCUCACUUGAGGCCCUGCUGCCCUACACUGAGCGGCACUUUCAACGGCUCAGCCGGAUGCUGCAAGCAGCCACCUUCCUGGACUUCCUAUGGCACAACAUGAAGCUGCCCACCCUCCCCGCGGCCCCCGUGGCCCUCUGAAACACACCAAAAUAUGUACUUUGCUAUCUCGGC